CCGAUGACUGAGGUGAAGUUGGUGGAUCUGGAGACGGGGGGUGUGGUUGAGAAUGGGCGUGAGGGGGAGAUAUGUGUGAGGGGUCCCCAAGUGAUGAAGGGAUACUACAAAAACGAAGAGGCCACUAGAAGCACAAUAGAUGCAGACGGGUGGCUUCACUCAGGAGACAUAGCGAAGUACGAGAACUCUCAAUUUCUAAUCACGGACAGAAUUAAGGAACUCAUCAAAACCAAAGGCGAGCAAGUGGCUCCUGCCGAGCUAGAGGGCAUUCUUCUCACCCAUCCCUCCAUUCAAGACUGCUGUGUGUUCGGACUACCCCACCCAAAAUUAGGCGAAGCUCCUUCGGCCGCUGUCGUUUUGAAGCCCGGACAGAAUAUGUCGGAGCGGGAACUUAAAAGUUUUGUGUCCAGUAAAGUGGCGCCGUACAAACAGCUCGCGGGAGGUGUUCGGUUCAUAGACAUAAUUCCAAAAACCGCCAGUGGAAAAAUUCUGAGACGCAUUCUAAGGGCGAGAUAUUUGUAAAUUCUCAAUUUUUUGAGUUUUGAACAAUGUUUUUUUUUUUUAAAAAUGCUUCCACUUUUUUUUAUUAAUCCAGAUUAUUCUUCUUGUGAGCAGAAUUUGUCACACGAUAUAAAACCUGCAGAAAAUAAA